AGAUAAUUUUGUAUAGAUUUUUAUUGAUAAUUUAUUUAGUUACCAAAUUAUAGGAAAAUAUUCUUCUUUGUAAUGGUUAUACGGAAUUUAUUAUUCAGGAUGACAACACUGUGAAGCAAAAUGGUGGAGUGGGUGUCGUCCUGAAUAAUAUAAAAGCAGUGUUUUAGUUUAAGAGCGGGCAGUUUUUUUGUGAAAAUCGAAGAGAUAAUAAACAACAGUUGUGAUUCGGUGAGGGUUUUUAUACAUUAUGAACUUUAAGAAGGAGGGAGGUGAAUUAGAAAACAACCCUAUGGGUUUACUAAAAAAUGUCCACCUCAAACAAGAGCCAGUUGAUGUUACGGAAGAAAACAUUACAGAAAAGCUGGACCUGUUUGCAAAUCACGAAAUCAAGGAAGAGAUGGUCAUAGGGCCAGUGGUAUUACAACCUCCUGCUGUGGUUAAAGCAAAAUGUGUGCAAAUUGGUGUUGCAGAACAUAUUACUAAGGAGCGGGAUUUGCAUGCAAACAAAAUCAAAGAAGAAUUGGUCAUAGGACCUGUGGUGUUGCAGUCUACAGAUUUAGUUCAAGCAAAAUGUGUGCAGAAAAAAUCUGAUGGGUUGAAUGUUGAUACCCAACCAUACAAAUGUGAUAUUUGCACUGAAUAUUUUAUAAGCAAAUUUCAACUUAAGUGUCAUUUAAAAACUCAUGGAAAGAAACCGUAUUUAUGUCACAUUUGCAAUAAAUGGUUUACAUCAAAAAGUAAACUCAAAAUUCAUACUAUGUUCCAUACUGGAGAGAAACCGUGCAAGUGUGAUAUUUGCUAUAAAUGUUUUACAACAAAACAAGAACUUAAGACUCAUAUAAUGAUUCAUACUGGAGAGAAACCAUUCAAGUGUAAUAUUUGCAAUAAAUGUUUUACAACUAAAUCUCAACUUACACGUCACUUAAAUGUCCAUGCUGGAGAGAAAUUAUACAAAUGUGAACACUGUAACAAAACUUUUGGCUAUAAAUUAAGUUAUGUUACGCAUUUAAGGACGCAUACUGGAGAGAAAUUAUACAAAUGUGAACACUGUAACAAAACUUUUGGCUAUAAAUUAAGUUAUGAUACGCAUUUAAGGACGCAUACUGGAGAGAAACCGUUCAAAUGUGACCACUGUAACAAAGUUUUUGCAUUUAAUUCAAGUUUUAAUAACCAUUUAAAGAUUCAUACUGGAGAGAAACCAUACAUUUGUGAUAUUUGCAAUAAAUGUUUUACAACAAAAGCACGACUUAAGCAUCAUUUACAGGUUCAUAUUGGUAAGAAACAGUUCAAAUGUGAUCUCUGUAGCAAAUUUUUUGUUCGUAAAGGAGAUUGUAAAACACAUUUAAAAACUCACACUGGAGAGAAACCAUACGUUUGUGAUAUUUGCAAUAAAUGUUAUACAAGAAAACAUGAUCAUGACAAACAUAAAAUUAAAUGUCAUAUAAUAGCCCAUAUUGAUGGGGAAAUAUCUAAUUGUGACUAACAUCAAACAACUAUGGGAAAACUAUACAUACCUUCACUAUCAAAUACUACAAUAAUUGCUAUAUGAUAAUGAGUGCAAAGAUUAAAUGAAAACUGUCAAUAUACGAUUAGAAUGCUUAUUUACAAAGCAUAUUCAUAAAUGGUUCUUUGGGAGACUGACAAAUUGGAAUAAAACCAACUCAAGAAAUCAACGGAAUUCAAAAUGCAAAAAUGUAUAACUUUCAUAUUGAUAAACUGCUCAUACAGAAAAGCAACGAUUAUGAUGCAAACAUUUUAGAAUUCGUAUAUAAAAUUAUGGGUCUAUCCAGAUGUUCCAGACGGCCCAGAUGUCAAAAUUUCACACAUUUGAGGCAAGACACAAAUAAUAUGUUAGCCCUUUUAAGUCCCCAUUGGAAUAAACCACACGUUUACUAUUAAAUUUAUUAUCAAAUGGACUGGUGUCAUGAUUUAUUCAAAAUAAAGUGUUAAUAAUCAGCUUUGUAUUUUAAUAAUCAAAAACCCACAGGUUUAGUUUCUUUUUAUAAUA